AUGUCGUCCGUCGAUUUCCAGCUACCACCAAGAUUCAGGUUCCACUCAACAGACGAGGAGCUCGUGAAGCACUACCUCUGCCAGAAAUGUGCGUCGCAGCCAAUAUCUGUCCUGAUCAUUGGCGAAAUUGACCUCUACAAAUACGACCCUCGGGAGCUCCCAGGUUUGGCGUUGUACGGGGAGAAAGAGUGGUAUUUCUUUUCGCCAAGGGACCGGAAGUACCCGAACAGUUCAAGGCCGAAUCGAGCGGCCGGAAGCGGUUACUGGAAGGCGACCGGUGUCGAUAAGCCUAUUGGGCAUCCGAAAUCAUUGGGCAUUAAGAAAGCUCUAGUGUUUUAUGCUGGAAAAGCCCCUCGUGACGAAAAGACCAAUUGGAUUUUGCACGAGUACCGCCUCGCCGACGUGGACCGCUCGCCGCGAAAAAAGAACAGCCUCAGGAUUGAUGGCUUAGCUCAUGGAUCGGUUGGUGGUUCAUGA